UUUACCUGUUAGGUCACCCACCUUUCAAUUAUUCUGCGAAAUGUCUAGUUUGACGUCUGCUGCUUCUACCGCAAUCAGAAAGCACAUACCAUUAAUUAAAUUCCGGAGUCAGCUGAAAAAUGCCAUAGGCAUGAUAUUUUAUCAGAUUUAAUGUGUUUAACGUGUUCAGGAAAACCAGUUGAUACCAAUGCUCCUGCUAGUACAUCAACAUUUGUUGUGAAAUCCUCUGUACCACGUGAGGCGGCUGUAGAGCUCUCUGCACUUAAUCCGAAGUUCAGAAGAAAAAAGGUGACAGAGGAAGAGGUAGCAUUCUAUGAGAGAGGAUUUUUCUGUGAUUGAUUUAGUGUUUCACUGUAGUCAGUUUGUAAUUUUAGACAAUAAAGUUUCGAUUUCUAGCA